AAUUGGGAUAUUGAAUGGCUGUGAGAAAGCCAGCGACUUAAGCUCCUCUAAACAAAACCCAAAACCUCUACAUGUCCAUUCAAACCAAGGUAUGAUUUUAUCUCCAAAUUAAUCAUAAAGCAAGCUUUCUUUCUUUUUUUUGAGGCUUCUGUUGUUUGAUCUUGAUGGUUGGAAAUCCUUUCGCGCAAUUCUGUUAUGGGGUAAAACUAGUAUGCCACAAUUUUUGGUUGGAUAGUUCAAUCUUGAAGUUUUGCUCUCACUUUUAGAGUUAUUUGGGAUCAAAUAUGCAAGCUCUGACGAUUUGGCCUUCAACGAGUGAAUCUUGGCACUCUUGUGUAGUACCUCAGUUGGAUUUAGAAUUAAUUUCAUUUUGUAGUUUGGUUAAAUGGGGAGAGAGGAGGAAAAGAUUGGAUUUUUGCAAUUUUCAUGGCCAUGGUUCAUUGCGUUUGUCGAGAUAUUUUAAGGGUUGUAGAAAUGGAGUGUAUCUUGCUGGCCAAAACUAUGAGUUGAAGUGCAAAAUGCUUUAUUUUGGCUCUGCAACUGCAAGCAUGAUUAAUGGCUUUUAUAAGCCUAAGAAGGGCUUUCUUGGUGCAGCGUGUGCUGUGUCGUGGGCGUUGGAUGAGCCCACGAUUGGAGAGAAUUGUUCCAUUGACGAGUUAGGCCGCGUAGAUGAGGUUUCAGGGGAGAUAGAUAGGGUAGAAUGUGCUCAUCCCAAGCUGGAUGUAGCGGAGGGGAAGGAUUGUGGCAGUGAAUUUGAUGGUGCAAAUAAUAGUGGUGAUGAUGAUGGAGAGAAAGUUAAGAAUGUGAGUAGUCAAAGGGGUUGAUGUUCGUGCACUAGCACGUAGAUUGAGCUCAGCUAGAACUGCUGAUGAUGUGGAGGAAGUGCUGAAGGUGGAGAGGAUCCUUCCCCUUCAGGUCUAUUCGACUGUGAUUCGAAGUUUUGGUAAAGAAAAUAAUUUAGAAUCGGCAAUGGCUCUCUUUGAGUGGCUUAAGAGGAAGAGUGAAGAGAGUGGUGGUUUGGUCCGGCCGAACCUUUUCAUAUACAACAGCCUUUUGGGAGCGAUGAAGGAAACUAGGAAGUUCGAUUUUGUUGAGGAUGUUAUGAAUGAUAUGGCCGCUAAAUGGGUGCAUCCGAGUGUUGUGACGUACAACACUUUGAUGGGGAUCUACACAGAACAAGGGAGGGAAAGUAAGGCCCUCCAAAUUUUUGAAGAGAUGCCAAGUAAAGGUAUAUCACCAUCACCUGCAUCCUUUUCAAUUGUGUUGUUUGCUUAUCGUAGGCUAGAAGAUGGAUUUGGAUCUCUAGCAUUUUUCGUUGAAAUACGAGAUAAAUACAAAGGAGGUGAAAUUGGGAGAGGUGAUGAUGGUGAGGAUUGGGAUUGGGAUCAUGAGUUCUCUAAGCUAGAAAGCUUCACCAUUCGUAUAUGCUACCAAGUUAUGCGACGUUGGCUUGUGAUGAGGGAGAACCGGAGCAGCGAGGUGUUUAGGCUGCUGAGAAAGAUGGAUGAGGCCGGCUUGCAGCAUGGCCGUGCAGAGCACGAGCGCCUCAUAUGGGCGUGCACACGAGAGGAGCAUUGUGUCGUGGCUAAGGAGCUCUAUACUCGGAUAAGAGAAGUGGACAACGAGAUGAGCUUGUCUGUUUGCAACCAUCUCAUUUGGCUAUUGGGGAAGGCCAAGAAGUGGUGGGCGGCUCUAGAGAUCUACGAGGAUAUGUUAGACAAAGGGCCUAAACCGAAUAACAUGUCGUACGAGUUGAUCAUCUCUCAUUUUAACAUAUUGCUCUCUGCAGCUAGGAAGAAGGGGAUUUGGAGAUGGGGUGUGAGGUUGCUAAAUAAAAUGGAGGAGAAAGGGCUUAAACCGGGCAGUAGAGAGUGGAACUCGGUUCUUGUUGCUUGCUCGAAAGCUUCAGAGACCUCGGCUGCCAUUGAGAUAUUCAAGAGGAUGGUUGAGCAAGGCGAGAAGCCCACAAUCAUCUCGUAUGGGGCUCUCCUCAGCGCGCUCGAGAAAGGGAAGCUCUACGAGCAGGCCCUUCAGGUGUGGGAGCACAUGAUCAGAGUCGGGUUCGAGCCAAAUUUGCACGCCUACACGAUCAUGGCUUCGAUCUAUGCCGGCCAAGGGAAGUUUGAUCUCUUGGACUCCAUCAUCAAGGAGAUGGUUGCUGCUGGUGUUGAUCCCACGGUCAUCACGUUCAACGCGAUCAUAAGCUCGUGUGGUCGGAACAAUCAUGGGGGCGUGGGGUACGAGUGGUUCGAGCGAAUGAAGCUUCACAACAUCACCCCCAACGAGGUCACCUACGAGAUGCUGAUCGAGGCUCUUGCUAGAGAUGGGAAGCCUAGGCUGGCUUAUGAGCUGCACCUGAGGGCUCGGAACGAGGGCCUCGAGCUCUCAGCCAAGGCCUACGACGCUGUCGUGCAGUCCGCACAGUUGCAUGGGGCGACACUCGAGGUUGCUGCUCUCGGGUCUCGGCCGCCAGAGAGGAAGAAGAAGGUGCAGAUCAGGAAGAAUUUGUCAGAGUUCUGUAAACUAGCUGAUGUUCCUAGAAGAAGUAAACCUUUUGUUAGGAAAGAAAUUUAUACAUCAAAGGGUGAAUAAAAUCUUUGUUGAAUGUAUGAUUUGUUUUGACAAUUUUGAAAUGGAAUGUGAUGAAUCAUCUUUCCAACUCCAA